AGUUUGUUCUGCAACUGCAAAUCGAGCAUGCAUAAGCCGCUCUAAAUCAAGUGCGCAUGCGCGAGACGACGUAAGUGACGCUUGACGUCUCAAGAAAUCUCUUGCAUCUCCUACAUCCAGAUCACAGUGACAAAUCGACUAUCCAAAUUCAUAUGGAGUGACAGUCAUGGGCCACUCCGAAGAAUAGACCAGUUAUCACCUGUGUAGAAGAGGAACUCGCUCAUACCUGUGGAGAGUCUUUCUUAGUUUUCCAAAAUGGCUGAAGAGGACUAUGCCACCUUUGUGGACUCAAACCAGAUGGGUGAUCUGGCAAAGAGCAGUGGGCCCACCAAGGUGGACUGCAAGGACCUGAGAGAGUUCAAGCAGAUGGCUCGUCAGGGUUACUGGGCAAAGAAUCACAAACUUCGGGCGCAAGUGUACCAACAGUUGAUUAAAACCAUCCCCUGUCGCACUGUGACACCAGAUGCCGAAGUCUAUCGAGACCUCAUGGGAAGUGCGGCCACUAAGAAACCAUCAACCAACAUCCCUCUGCCAGACUUUGUGGAUGGGAACCCCGUGCCUCACUACUGCCUAAAGUCUGAUGCAGUUGCCUCCGCCCACCGCAUAAUCAACUGCUUGGCUGGUCAGUUUCCCGACAUUUCUCACUGCCCGUCCCUCCCAGCCAUCACUUCUUUGCUCCUGCACUUUAGCGCCGACGAAGCUCAGUGUUUUGAGCACGUGAGCCGCAUACUUGCUUGCAACGAACCAGGAAAACGGCUCUUGGACCAGACCUUCCUGGCCUAUGAGUCGGGCUGCAUGACUUUCGGGGACUUGGCCAUCAAGUACUGCGCCCCAGCUCAUAAACUGAUCGUGGCCACAGCUCAAGAUGUUCUGGAAGUCUAUUCGGACUGGCAGCGGUGGGUUCUGGGUGACUUGCCCUUCAGCCAUAUUGUCCGUGUCCUGGAUGUCUACCUUGUGGAGGGCUACAAAAUUCUGUACCGUGUGGCAAUAGCCUUACUCAAGUUCUUCCGUAAGCACAAAGCGGGAGCCGGGGCAGGUCAGGCUGUCCAGCAGCAGGAUUCCGCCAAAGUCAGGUCAGAAAUUCAGGCUUUCGUCAAAGGAAUUGCUUCAGUAGUCACACCUGAUAAGUUGUUGGAGAAGGCCUUCUCCAUCCGCCUGUUAAGCCGCAAGGAGAUCACUCUGUUGCAGCUCACCAAUGAGAAGUCCUUGCAACAAAAAGGCAUCACUGUCAAGCAGAAGAGAAGGAACGUUCAGCUGGCACUUAACCCAGACACCUUCUCUUCGGAGAUUGUCAGUGCUAAGGAGAUGCGAGACAUCUGGUCGUGGAUCCCAGAGCGUUUUGCCUUGUGCCAACCGCAGCUCCUCUUCACCACCUCCACACAUGGCUGCAGCCUUAACAGAUUCUACGAGCAUUGUGAAGGCUACGAACCCACGCUGCUCCUAAUCCGAACCACAGAUGGAGAUGUAUGUGGAGCCUUCCUGUCUACUGACUGGGAAGAACGCAAGAGGGGAGGCAACAAGCUAAGCUUCUUUGGCACAGGAGAGUGCUUUGUUUUCAGGCUGAAGCCGGAGAUGGAACGCUAUGAGUGGGUGGUGAUCCGCCACCCCGAAUUAGCUUCCGCCGUCAAGAGUCAGGGUCACGACGACAGCGAGACCUCCGAGGGCCAAAACUCUGACAGCAAUAGUUUGCCGCAGCCAGAGAAAGCGGCUGGCGAGCUGUCCCCCUUCCUCUCUGCCCGUCACUUCAACCUCAAUUCAAGGAACACUUCCAUGUUCAUGGCUGGGAACUUUGACUCCAUCAUUGUAGGUGGCGGUGAAGGCAAUGCGCUGUACAUCGACUCGGAGCUCAACCACGGGCGCACGGGCUGCUGCACAACAUUCGACAACCCGCCACUGUGCGCUGAAAGCUUCCAAGUGGCGCUGCUCGAGUCCUGGGGCUUUCAAGAUGCCAUGGCCACAUAAUUCUGUAUUUUAUACAAAAGCAUGAAGCACAUACACCACUCACAAAAUGUUUAGGAUAUUCGGUUUGCGAAGGGAAGUUUCAGGAUGAAGCUAAAACGCACUGUAACCUUUACAGGUGAACUUAGUUGACUAAACUAAUGAACAUACGUCCAAUUGUUGCUUUUUCAAUAAAUUUCGUACAUCUUGCUAAAUGUCAAAAUUCACAAAAGGUGUUGGUCCAAAACUAUGUUCAAUUAAAAUUGAUAUUUCACUAUUGAGAUGGGAAGUGUCCCCCCGAUUUUAGCGUUAUGACCUGGAAAAGUCACGAAAUUUCAAGUUUUGGGUGAAAAUAUGUAACUGAACCCAUCCUUUCAUAUCAUCCAUGUUUGUAUUUAAUAACCUCUUUUCAUCAUGUAGAAAAAUGUACAUUUUUCAGUUCUAUGUUUAUUUGAUUGUAUGAAAGUGUUCAUAAUUAAAAAUGUAAUUUUACAUAUCUUGUAAACUGGUGGACUGAUGCAGGCUGAGUGGGAGGAAUUCAAUUUGUUAAUCGAAAUGUAAAUGUGGUUUUAUAUGUAGCUGUUUAUCCCUAGAAUGCCAAAUUCACAAAAAAAGUGCAGUCCUCAAAAACAUAUCAGUGACCAGAUUUGGUCAUGAUAGUGUGGUUUUCUCUGAAGUAUGUGCAGCUAUGCAGUGUUUUAAUGUUGGUUAAGUAGGAUUCAUGUGUAUUAAUAAUAAGUGGAUUUGUUCAGCCUGGUGAAGUUUGGGUCAUGUGGGAGCUCUAACUGAAUUAAUGUGAUUUUUGCUUGUGUCUGAUUUUUUUUUCCAGUGUUGCCAUUUUGCACUGUUGACAUGCCAAAGCUGCCAAAUGAGUGGUAGCUAAACAAGCCAUUUUAUUUGUCAAUGUGAGAAAUGUUUAUUUGGUUUAAAGCUGUUGUGACUGUCUUGUGCUUACCAUUUGGGGUUUCCGUCCUUUAGUAAUAGUAACAAAAGUCCAUAAUUCUGUAGUGUUGCCGCUCUUAUACAAACUUUUGAUAUUUGGAUUGAUGUCUUAUGAAUUCACAGGUGUAAUACAUGUGAUAAUACAGUAUUAUGAUUUAAUCGCCUGUCUUCAUUUGUCCGUUUUUUCUCAACCCACUUAAGCAUGCCAGAUGCCUUACUAUGUCAUCUAACCUUGAAUCUAACCCUCUAAUCUCAUUUUGUGGUUUUUAC